GCCUUUCAUUAACAUCAAAGUUUCAACCACAGCUGAAAAGAGAGCAGAUCGACCAAAGUGGAGUACUGCGAAGAGAGAGAAAGAGCGACAGCAACAAUGGGGGGAGGGAUGGAGACAAACAAGAACAGGUUCAUAGAGGAGUGGGGUGCGGCGCGUGAGAAUCUAGAGCACAAUUUCAGGUGGACCCGACGUAACUUGGCUCUCGUCGGCCUCUUUGGCAUCGCUCUCCCCGUCUUCAUUUACAAGGGCAUCGUCAAAGAAUUCCAUAUGCAAGAUGAAGAUGCGGGCAGGCCAUAUAGGAAAUUCAUGUGAGGUCUCUUCGAAAUUUCCUUUUAACAAUAAUUAUGAUGAAGUAAAACUGAGUGUGCCAUUUUCCGAAUUUUGUGAACUGCUUUCAUUUGCAGUUGUUUGUAUUCUGCGCAUUGCUUAGAAAGCUGAAUAUUGCAGGGUAUCACAAGUUUCUGUUUGAUAAUACUUGCUUCAAGUUAUUGUAACUGUAUCUCCACUCUGUGUGACUAGUUUUAAUUUUAUUCUUCUUGUACACUUCAAAUUGCACGACGGAAGCUGCACAAUGUGAUAGAUUCUUGUGUUACUCCAUAA